CUCAACGACAAGUUUGCUUCGGUUCUGAUUUUUAAGGUAGCAGCCUAAAUGAAAAAAUUAACCAAUUCUAACGAAAAGCAAAUACUAAUUAUCAGUUGAUGAAAACUUCCCUGAUGAGAUUGAGAAAAAAAGUAAAAAGUCUCCAAACAAGUGUUGGUGCUUUGCAGAGAAGAAUAAAAACUCUAAGUGGUUUAUUGAAACUUUUGAAGCAGGAGAUGCACAUAACAGAUUCAGCUGAAGCUGUAUUGAAGGUAAGCAGAUUGAUGAAAACUCUGUGUCCCAGAUAUCCGUAUUUAUUUGUUUGGUGCAAUUGAUCAACUUU